AUGGAUAUUGCUCAGACCUCUCCUAAGAGCAUCACACACUUGGAAACAUCCAAGCCCAUUCGGGGAGUGAGUUUCAACACAAAUCAACCUCCCAAUGUAAUCCGACAGCUGAUCCGCCGGUGGCUUACUGACGAAGAGGCCGACAAAAUCUUAUCGAGGUUCCAAAAAGCCUGUAUCCCCAACCGCCAGGUGUUUUGGAGCGGCAUGUUGCGUGAACAUGCUCAACAAUGGGCCGAUACACAUGGAUUUCAAACAUUGACAACUGCUCUCGGUCCACUGUUGUAUCAAGCCCCUCCGAGAUUCAUUCAUGGCGCCUCCAUCAUUUUCGCAUGGUAUGUCUCUCAAGGCGAUUUAGUGACUGUACUUUCUCAUCCCCCACCCCUGUUCUUUCACCCUUCUGGGCAAACGUUCUAUCAACUAUACGAAGAGCCCAUCAUCAAGGGUAAGAGGGGGAACAAGCCUGUGGGGAGGAUUUAUACAGCCCACCCGGCCGUCGAGACAGCCACCGACUUUAUCUAUCAGAUAUGGCCAUGUGAUAUCUCGUGGUUUUGGAUCAAGACGUUCGGAAUUCCUGAUAUCGAAUUCCGGUGGCGUAAAACCAAGACACUUAAACCCAGCACAAAGCCGGGACCAAACUUGAGCUCAGCAUCAUUAUUGACUUCAAAAAGAUCAGAAACUCAGGGCCCUGCCAAAAAGUCAUUGCCUGAUACAAAGAACGACACAAAAAAGGGCGGGCAACAGAAGACAAAGAAAAACAAGAAGAAGAAAGUGCCAAGUACUGUAGCUGACCAAGGGAAGAACCCAAUUACUAAGAAUUCACUAAAAUCUGGCACUUCUAGCAACAAACAGAAAUUAGUCAAAACAGCGGUGAUAAGUAAGAAACAAAACAUGGAGACCAGCAUCAAAAAGAAGGCAAAGAAGAAGAAAAGGAAGAAGGGGCAGAAACUGGCUAUAGAACAGGCUCAAGCUCAACCUAACGCAAAGCAGGGCCAGAAGAAGCUCGCGACAAUGGCAAAAACCAAGGGUAGUAACACGGGAGCAAAGGCUAAGGCAACAACUAAGUCUGUAAUAAAGAACGGCAAGUGA